UCUAACAUUCUUGCAGCACCACCUCUCUAUGACUAGAGAGAGUGAGCAAGUUAGGGAGGGAGUGACAGGCAGACAGGUGAGUUGCUUUUAACUUAUGCAGCUGAGUUAGAGAAAACUCUCCAGAGACAACAUUUUAGAAGGAUUUACUAGUAGAUUUAGGAAAGAAAAAUCUGACAGCUAGUACACUCCAUUUGACCAUCUGGAUAUACAGAUUUACUGUGUCUAAUAUCAGAUUUACUUUACAUUCCGGAAAAGUUUUUUUUAACAUUUAUGGGUUGAUGCCUGAAAAGGAUCUCUGAAUACAGAAUGUAGGAAUGGAGGUAUUAAACAGUGUGGGAAGCACAGGCAGUUGUGACAGUAUGGAGAGCAUCUCUUCCAAUCAUUCUGCUCUGAGUGGGGACAGCUAUGAUCAUCUUUCUGCAGAGGAACGAGAAUGUUUGAUGUUUCUUGAGGAAACUAUAGAUAAUCUGGAAAAUGAGGCAGACAGUGGACUGUCCAAUGAUGAAUCAGAAAACACAGAGAAUAUUCCCAGCCUACUGCAGCCAGGACCUAUAGGUUUUAGACCUGUUGAUGAUUUUGAGAAAAACAAAAGUGUUAACCAUUCGGGAAUUGAAAAUCUUUCAAAUGAACAGGGUACAGUAAACUUUAACAAAACUGCUUUGCCAAAGCAUGGGUACCACAGCUUUCCAAGAAUCAUUCAGCUGCCAAAAGAGGAAACCACAAAGCAUUCAACUGAGGAAGCACUAAUAAACACCAGAAUACACCCAGGCAAUGCACUAGAUAUUAAACACAAAAGUUUGUCAUCUUUAAACUAUACUGAAACGAUAGAGGUGCCUUUAGCAGACCUUCAUCUUCUGCCACCCCCUGAGCCUUUUCGCGAUCCCUUAAAUGUGGAUAAAGAAUACUCUGUAAUCAAUCCCACUGAUGCGCUUGAAGUUCAGCAUGAAAAAACUCAGUCUUCACAACCUAUUGUACACCCAGAAGCCACUCACUCUGGUCAUAGUAAUGUGAAGGGGACAUUUUUUCCACGGCCUAUUUUGCAAAAAACUGUGGUAACCGGAUCACAGGAAUCUCUCAAUCCCCUUGUGGAAAAAGGUGAUGCUAGCAUCAAACAUGGGCCUCCAACUGCACCCAAGCCACGUAAAUUGCCACCACACAUUGUUAUAAAGCCAAGUAGUGGAGUUAUUGCCACAAACCUUGAUCCUCAACAAAGGCCAAGAGCUUUUUCUGCACACGAACGGAACGCUGACAAGUCUAAUGAAUCUAUAAAUGCCAAACUUCCUUAUUCUAAAGAGCAGGAGCGGGCAAGAAGAGAGGCUCUGCAGAAGUUGGGUCUGAUGCAGGAGAAAACUGAAGCACAGAGAACUACUUCAGUCAGACCUGCAGUCUCUAGGGUUGCAGAAAUCUCAGUUUCCCAGAGCAUUGCAGGUCCUGGCCAUAAAGAUUCUUAUGGAAACCGUAUAAUCCUAAAUCAACAAGAGAAGGCAGAUGUCCUAGGGACCAGUCCUACACAACAUUGUUUCCAAAGUUCUUCAAAAUCAGUUGAUUUUGGUCCUAGAAAUGAAGCUUUGGCAAACAAGCCAAUUGUUAACUCAAGACGUAUAGAGAAUCCAUAUGAACCGGAAAGGGGGGCUGGCACACAAGUGGAGUCUGAUAAACAUGAAAGUACAAACUCUGGAGUAAAAACUGAUAUCCAGAGAAACAGAUUAAGUUUGAAGGCAAGCUCUUUGGAGAAGUCUGAUGAAGUGGUGAUCAGAAUUUCCCAACCUUAUAAAGAGGUUCCUUCUGUUAAAGCUGAUAUUCUUCAAAAUCCAUCACCUUUGAUCUUACAUACCAAGGAUAAUGGGAGAGAGGUACUGGUUUCACAUGCCAUUUCUACCAGAGAGGCUCAAUCAGUGACUGAUAAUUCAGCCAGGAAUGUGAAACAUGAUGCAAUUAGAAGCCUGAAAAUAAAUGCCCAAGAGAAAGACCUUCCUGAUCCAGCCACAUGCCUUGUAGCUACUGCAGGAAUUGAAUAUGUAGCUGAGAAAAAGACGGAAAACACAACUAAAGUAGGUUCUUUGGUGAUUAUGAACCCUAGUCCAGGCAAAAACAGUAAUUUUCUAAGCCCCAUAGAUAAAGCAGUCCCUCGGGGGGUAUCAGAGGUUGUGCUAAGGGAGGGGAAGGGCAAAACUGUUGUAGACAGCAGUUACAGACACAGUACACAUUUCGACCACUCUGAUGAACCAUUCAUACGUCUUCCUCAAAGUACAGUACCUGGCCUGAGGCAAAUUAGCAUCAAGUCUAACACUUUGGAACGGUCUGGAAUAGGACUGAGUAGUACAAUAGCCAGUUCUGAUAGCCAGAGUCAGAAGGGAGGAAACUCUUUCUUCAAGAAACCAAUGUUUUCAGCAAACUUCCUCAGAAACAACCGCCCACGACCAGCUUCCUUAGGCACAGGCAAGGAUUUUGCUGGUUUGGAAGAGCAAGCUACUGAUACAGAGAAAGGCGAGAGUCGUCGCUUACUGUUCUUUAGGAACUCUAGAGCCCCUGCUCCUGUCACCAGUGUAAAGAUUACUCCUAAGGGAUCCACAGAAGAGCACCGCAGGGAAGCAUUGAUGAAGCUUGGUAUUCUUAAGGAAUAAGUUAUUUUCAAUUUGUCUUGCUUUAGUAAGAGCUUAGAUUUUUACAUUACACUAUGUUUAAAGCACUUGUUAAUUGUUUUUUUAUGGGGGGGUGCUUUGUUUUUUUCCUGCAAAAUGUUUUUCCUUUAUCUUUAUUUGGUUAAUUCCCUUCUCCACAUAAAUAUUCUGACAUAAUGGAGGUUUGACAUACAGUAUGUAAAAUAUAUGUAAGAAAAUGGACACGAGAACUAAUCUUUCCAAUAUAAAUGGUUGUUGAGAAACACUAACCAAAGUAUUGGUAUGAUCCCAGUAUUUAUUUAAUGAAUGUCAUUCUCUGUUUCUGAUACUUUUUAUAACUAAAUUGUGAUAUUUUUAAAACAGAUUUGGGCAAUAUCUGAAAAUAAUCGUAUUUUUUUUUAUCUACAAUGGUCUGCAUUUUUUUUCAUCUUGAAUAGCUUAUUGUAGUCUGUGCAGCAUUACUUUACACAACACAAACCGAUCUGCCACUGACCAGCUGAAGUGUGUUGUUUAUUAUAGCGAUUAUAAAGGGAAAGGAAGAGGUCUUUCCAAGACAUAAUAAGGGGCUGAUUUAUCAAAAUGUGAGUUUAGAGCUUAAUAAGUAAAAACGUACCCACGUUCUAUUCAUUCGUAUGGGAUUUUUGCAAAAUUUAUUUAUCAAUGGGUGAAAGUUAGAACUCCCCAUUUUUAAUUUUGUAUUCUACAAAUCCCAUAGGAAUGAAUGGAACAUGGUUGAGUUUUUAUUUAAUUAAGCUCUAAACUCACAUUUUGAUAGAUCUGCCCAUAAGUCUGCCAGACCUAAUAUCAAUUAUGAAUGUAAUGUGUGAUAGACUUAAAUUGGAUUUUCAGUGCAAAAAAUAGCACAGGGAAAAUAAUGCUAUUUAAUAGAAAUAAUAUAUUUGCAGUUUUUGAAUAAUUUUUCAUCUACAGCUAUUUUUGCAAUAAAAAAUUUUGAUUUGUUGCUAGGGUCCCUCUAACUCUAGCACUAUGUAAUUGUUUAAGUGAAAAACUGUAAGAUGAACAAGACAUCCUCAAGUAGUAAUAAAAGAUAACAGUAAAGAAUGAAUUACAUUUUUGACUCCUGGGCAUCACUAAUUAUCUCAACUAUUUUGCAUUUUAUAUUUUGUGUUUAAAAAGGCAAAAAUAAAAAAUAUGAAUAUCACUACAUAAGAUUACAAACAUUAGGUAUAAAAAUGUAAUAGACAUCACUAUUGGAAAGAAUUGAGCUGUGUGAUAAAACUGGAGCAAAAUUACCUUAUUGGUUACACAGUGUAAAAACUUUUAUUUCCAAAAUACAGUUUAUUACAUUUCCCUUUUAUCUAAUAUAAAUCUAUUAUACGGUAUGCAUCUAAUCACUGCCAGUAUCAUUGCCCAUUGUUUGUUCUUAGGUCCAGCUUUCCCUCAUGGCUCUUGCAUGUAUGCCAUUAAACACCUUGAUAUUUGUCAUCAAAUUAUCUGCCAACAUUAGAGAAAUGGAUGACAGACACAGUGUUUUAGAUACUGAGAAUUACCAACAUGUAUUGAUAAAGAGCUUUAGGAGUUUCUCCAGAAACCUCCACUUUGAAUAUUUUGGAGGAUAUGUGUAAAAAUAAAUGUCUAAUUCUUUUUAACAAUUUGCCAUUUGAGGUUACUAAGAAACCAGGUAGAUGCUGAAAUAUGUAUCUUCCUUCACUAAGAUCUGCCAUUUACAGUAAUUCUGUAGCAAUACACAUAUAUGUGCCUAAUUGCAAAUGUGUUUUUCUUACUUUAAAUUUGCAAAAGACAUUGGCCAUUCCUGCUACCUGGAAAACGCUGUUCUAAAUAUUUUAUUUUGUGUAGCCCUAAAUACAUUGCUGUAAAUAUGAAUUCCAGUGCCAUUAUCUGUCUACCAAUGUAUUUCAAUACUUGCUGAUUUUUAUUUUCCUUCUGUAAACAUGGCUUGUGAAUGAUUCUCUAUAGCAUUAUGAUAUUUAUAUUAAAGUUAUGAAACUGC